CUAGCUCUUUUUUUCUGUCUUGGGAUGGCUCUGCUUAAAUGAGGGUGACAAAAUGUUUGCUCUGUCUGCUUUAGCAAUCAGUUGUGUGGUUUUUUUUUUCCCCCUGGCAAAUAAUUGCUGGGUUUUUCUUAUUCCCAUUUUGCAGCAGAUCUGUGAUUUCCAGUUUCCUACUCACCUACCAUCAUUUUUGAGCUUUUCUUUUUAGCAGUUUGGGAAGUCCCAGUAUCUACAGGAAACUUUCUUGUCCCAAAUAAUAGCAGAAAAUAAGUUUCAGAAUAUCCCAGGUAAGAAAAAAAAUGGAAAAGAGAAGGGACUUUGGGAAAAAGAACUUGCAAACGCAUUCAGUUUCAAUUUGACAUGAGAGAAUGCUCUAGGAGUGGUGUUAUUUUAAAAGUACUUCUGCAGAAGAGCCUUGGAGCACCAUUGUUGCACAUAAGCAGCAGCUUUCAAGGCAAUGAGAAAAACCUGGACAUAUUAAAAAAAUAUUGACUUGCCACACUGUUGUUGGUGAUCCUAAUAUCACACAUCAUAAAAGAGAUGGCUAUUAAGGGCUGACACGGGAUGUUUUUAGACUUUCAUGAUGUCUAUCCUGUCAUCUGUGAGCUCAUUAAGGAUGUAAUACAGGAAAGGAUGAGGAGUCCCAUCAGAAGGUGCGGACGUGUGGGCAUGCUAAUGGAAAACGCCCUAUUCAGUGCAUACUCUCUAUAUUUCUGGUGCUGAUACUUCAGAUUUCACUGAUGCUCAGUAAAUUCCCUGCUAUUUGUCUUGUUUUUCAGUACUCUGGAUUUCACACCGAGAGAUCUGAAUCUGACCAUGAGAGCCAGUGGGGUGGGAGCCCCCUCACCGACACAGCCUCUCCCCAGCUGUUGGAGCCUGUGGACAGGCCGAGCUCCCAGCAUCACGAUGUCUCCUGUGCCUAUAGACAGUACACGGACCGCAGUGCUCUCUGCUAUGGUUUUGCACUAGAUCACUCAAGGCUAGGCGAUGACAGACAUUUCCAUACUCAGGCCUGUGAAGGAGGCAGAUGUGAAGCUGGCAGAUACUUCCUUGGCACACCACAGCCAGGGAGGGAAGGCUGGUGGGGCUCCCGAUCAGCCUUGCCCCUGACUAAGUCGUCCCCUGAAAGCAGAGAAGCAUAUGAAAACAGUAUGCCCCACAUAACUUCAGUGCACAGGAUUCAUGGGAGAGGACACUGGGAUGAGGAUAGUGUCGUUAGCUCUCCUGAUCCUGGCUCUGCCAGUGAAUCUGGUGACCGAUACCGUGCUGAACAGUAUCAGAGCAGCCCACAUGAGCCCAGCAAAAUUGAAACUCUAAUAAGAGCCACCCAGCAAAUGAUCAAAGAGGAAGAAAACAGGCUACAGCUACGGAAAACAACCCCUGAUCCACUGAUCUCCAUUAACGGCACAGGGAAGAAACACACAAUUUGUUUUGCAAACUACCCCCAGCAGCAGUUGGCAGGGGAUAUCUGCCGUGUCCUGACAGUUGCCAACACUCCUCCCUGUGAACACAUCCAGCAACGGGAUGGCAAGAUUAUGAGCCCUCAUGAAAAUGACUAUGACAAUAGUCCCACAACACUGUCUAGGAUAAGCAGUCCCAGUUCUGACCGAAUAUCAAAAUCUAGCUUGGUACUGGCUAAAGACUACCUGAAUACAGACAUGUCCCCUCAUCAAACUCCAGGUGAUCAUCCAGCAGCUUCUCCAAAUUAUUACAACUCCCACAGGCAGUACUUUGAUAAACAUGCUUACACAUUAACUGGGUAUGCCCUGGAGCAUCUAUAUGACACUGAAACCAUUAGAAACUAUUCACUAGGCUGCAAUGGAUCACACUUUGAUGUGACUUCUCACUUAAGGAUGCAGCAAGAUCCAGCACAAGGACACAAAGGGACAUCUGUUAUAAUAACCAAUGGAAGCUGACACUUUUUUCUAAAAACUUUUGUGCUUUAAAAAGUAACCUUAGAGAUAUAAUUGGAAGAUAUAAUAUGUUUUCAUGCCCUUGUCAUUACCAGCAUUUGAUAUACCACAGUGCACUAGAGAGACUAACCCAAGGUUUGGGAAGACGAGUUAGUUAACAAAUGUUACUCUUAAAACAUAAAAAUGCACUGGCAUGCAGGGUUAGAGGGAAUGGAGCUAAACUCAAAGUUGGUGCCAUUUGAGGUGUGAAAGAUGGAAGAGAUCUAGGUAGGGAGAACCUGGGAAGGCUAGCAGAGCCAUUUACGUGCACUGUGUAAGAGGGGUUGUUUUGGAAUUGCUGCCCAGGGCAGACCUUCUGAACCAUGUGUUUCCCACACAUCCCAGAUAACAAAACUGCUAUGCACUAUCAUGGAAAGUUGGAAUGUGUUCCUCUAAAAUACACAUCAAAAUGUGUAUUUCUGGCUAUCUUUUUGUUCCCUAAAGGCCAAGUGUGUUAUGCUGCUCCGUGGUAUAAAGCAUCCAUGGCCAACCAGUACAAAAUCAAAAAGGGGAGAAAGAACUCCUCAGAUUUGUUAUUUUCUUGUGUACUCACAUGCAUAGUUAUUUACAUACACUUGAUUUGAAAGGAGUCAAAUGAGCAGUAUCCUCAUAAUUAGAAUAAUCAAAUACUAUGAGUGUAUUUAAAAGAAAGAAAGAGGGUCUUUCUCAGUGUAGUUUUGAGAAAUGUUUGUCUUGAUGGAGAGAUGGGAGAUUGCCCUCAUUUUUGAAAGGUUGCAAAAAGGGGGAAGUGGAGUGAAAUGGAAAAAAAAUCCUUGGGAGAAACAGAGAGAAUAGACUGGAUGUAGGAGUGGUCAAAGAUACGCACAUUUAACCCUAUGGCUAUGUAUGCCAUUCAGUAAUAUUUACAGCAUAAGAAAAAGUGCUUAUAAAUGGUCAAAUAAUAAUUAAAUCAAAACACAAAAGAAACUCAAUAGAAUCAGAAAAUUUUCUGUAAAAUAGAAAAGCAACCACAUACCUAUAAGAAUAUUGCAGGGAUAGAUAAAAACAUCAUGGAGGUUUGUCCUAAUUUUGUACAAGUGUUGUAGCAAAUUAAGAAAGAAUAGAAGAUUAUAAGUAUUCUGACAUAAAGAGAAGUAAUUGGUAUGGCUUUGAAAAAGUAAUAUACAUUGUUUUCUUGAUUACAGCAAAAACGAAAAAAAGAAAAAAGAAAAAAAAAGGAUAUAUGAACAUAUUAGGAAUACCAAAAUCAGUCAUAUAUAAAGAAAAAAUUACUAAUGGAAAUUAGGGUUCCAAAAAAUUCAAUUGCAUUACAAAUAUUGAUAUUAUCAUGGCCUGUCCUGGAGUUAUAGAAGAUAUCAAAAGAGGCAGAAAAAAUUUCUGUUUAAUAAACUCAUGAACAAAGAGUCACUAACUGAUUAGAAAAGAUUCAAUAAAAAACAUAUGCUAAAAAAGUAAACUAAGUUAUUUGUAGGCAAGAAUAUUAGACCUGUGCUUCUUUUUAUGGCAUUUACAAGACAUCUCAAAGUAGACUGCAACAGGAACAGGACCAGCACUCCUUAUUAUACCAAAAUGAAGGUAAGAGGACUUAAGGUGGUUACAAAAAUGAGAUUAGCACUAAGUCAAGCUUCAUUUGUAACAUUAAGAAUUUCAACAUAUGGGAUUGAGUCAUCAGUGGAACUAAAUAUAAAGCAGCAUGCUAUGGGUGGGUUAAAAAUAUCUAUUUUCAAAUAAAAUUAAUGAGAAGCAAAAGCUAAAUAAUAACAUUGUAAGCCACGUAAGUAUAGAUGUACUUGAAAGUAGAGGAAAUUAACUCUCUGAAUGUGGAAUAUUGUGUAUAGUUCUGAUCACUCCAAGGCAGAUUGUGAAUCUUGAAUUGAGUAGUACCUUACUCCAUAAGCAAUCUCUAUUGACUGCAGUGUGAUCACUCCUGGUGAAAUGUACGUUGAACACAAGGAAGAGUAACAGUCUGGUUUUUAUUAUCUAAAGCCCAUAAUAGAAAAGGUGGAGCAGAGCUCAGCAAAAAGAUAAAGAGACUGAAAGAUCUAAUAAAACUUUAAAUAAACCGGGUCUGUCAUCUUUGUAACGGAAAGAAGUAUGGGGUAAUGUCACUGAUGUGUACCAAGCUCUGCACAGAAGAGAGAUAAAUAAUGCUCUAAAACUAUUUGAACUAGUGACAGAAAUGAGAGACAGGGCAUUGAAUGUUAGCCAAAGUAAAAUGAGAACAAAAUGAUUUGGCAAGAAAUGUAUUUGACUAACUGCCAAAUGAAUAACAAAGGUCUAGAGAUUUUUGUUUGUUUGUUUGUUUUAAGAUAAAAGCAAAGCAAAUAAUUGAAGGGGAGAAAAACAUUGACAACCCUUAAAUCAGAGGAAGGAACGGACCAAAAUGGACUUCUUUCAGCCCAAAAAUUGUAUAUCUUCCUAAAGCAUAGGAACAGCAAAGUAUUUUUGAUAAAUCCAGUUCUGGAUAAAUCUUUAUUUCACUUAUUCAUAAGAAUAAUAUGAAUGAACUUGUAUUUGGAGUCUCAUUGUACAGUAUUAAAAUACAAUUUGCAAAGCGAAUUAGAGUAGAGGUACACAGUAUUGUAUUAUCCUUACUCGUACACGUAAAAAGUCUAACUGCCAAUACUAUUUUGUAUUACUGAGGACUUUCCUAAACUGUUUGGAUGAGUAGGAUUCUGUCAGCACUAAAGUUUUUUAGGGUCAUCAAGCACCCUUGUUGUGAAACUUUUAAUUAGAAGGCAAUAGGGUUCUGGAGAUCAGCUUGUCUAAUGGUCUAAUGACCACAAGUAGUCAGGAGAAGACAGUUUGGGCAUUCUGACAGGCACUUUGGAAAAACAGAAGACUUAUAAAGCAGGCAGGCACAAUAUAGGAUGUUUCUAUCUGUACAAUUUCAUCUAGGAAAAAGCCAGUGUGCUGUGCAAUAAAAAAAAAAAAAAAAAAUCCCCAUAGCCAUUUAAUUUCAGUUCAAAAUUAAAAUUUCAAAACUGUUGUUACUUCUCCUAUUUUCAACAGUACCAGUCCACUACAGUGAUAAAUGCAACAAAAUGCACUGUAAUAAAUAGGAUACCUGAUAUAUUAGUAGAGAGGUAGAAGGGUCUGUUUCUGCAGCUAUGUUCUGCUACAGGCAUAGGCUGAUGCUCAGUUCCCUCCUGGAGUUUCAGCAACUGUUGCUCCUCAGCACUUCAGUAGAUGCCUUUUGUUAGCUACUUUGCUAUUCUGCUGCUAUUAGAUAGCCAGGAAUUUCUUCUGAAUUGACAGAAAGCAUUAAAUGUUGUAAACAUAGGCUCUGCAUGCUACAUGCUACUUGUGCAAAUUUGCAACCUUAAUUAUAGCAUAUAAUAUCACUGCAGAUCACAUAACAUUUACUUUUAAAUAUGGUAUAAAGCUUACCUUUUCCACGGUGUAUUUAUUUAAUUUGAAUUUUCAUUUAGUAUCCUUUAAGGAUAUAGCGGUUUUUUCCCCCUUUAUUUUCUAAAUCAAAUGAAAUAUUUCAGAAAAUUGAAAAAUGCAGUUUUUGUACCAAAUACAUAAAAUGUAUCACAUUAACUAAAGGUUAUCACUUUAAAGCAGAUAUGUAGGUUGUGAAUUGGUACAGGAAAAAUAAAAAUUGAUGUGCUGUGUCAUUUCUCUAACAUAAUAGUGCUUUGCUAUUUACAGCAAAUUAAUAUUUUGUAGCUACUCCAACAGUAAAUUGACGACAGCUCUCUUAAAUCAUUUCUUAUUGACAUCAGUGGAUGGUGCAUUAUGACUUUGGUGUAUCUUUUUUAAAGUGGAAAAAAGCCUCCCUAAUUUUUAUACAAAAUUACACCCCAGAAUGUGACUGUGAACAAAUUUGCACAAUGAUUCUUUAGUUAGAAAAAGAACCUUACUCAGUAACUUGUCCCAUUGACAAUGGGAAUAUCUGUGGAGUAAGGUACUACUUAAUAUGUGUAAGGGCCAAAAAUGUUGACUUCCUGUGAUCUGGCAACAGAUUUGUGUUUUUGUUUGUUUGUUUUGAAUCUCAAAAUAUGAGUAUGGAAACAACGAAAGGUGAUGGCUGUAAUGGCUAUGGUUCUACAAUAGAGUUUAUUUGUAUGUGCUUUAAAAACAAGUGCAUCUCUGUGUGGAAGAGGCUCAGAUGUAUUUCCUUAAGAUUCAUAAGGCUUUGCUGAUGUAUCCACACAGUACUGACAUGGGUUACACACUGAAACUCUUUUCUUUCAAACAUUCUUAAUCACUUUUAUCUGAAUCUUUUUUAUUUCUGGACUUGCAGCAUUUAUUCAUUAAUGUUCCUAAAUAUAUUAACUACCAUAUGUUCAAUUAUGUGAACAUCCUGAAUGAACUGGGGGGAGAAAAAGUAUUUUUGGAAAAGGAACAGCUACUCUAGAAAACCAGACUGGGUGUUGUGAAGGCCAGUUAGCCUUUCUAUUGAGGAACAAUUCUGAGGUGCACGCUUGAGUUUUAGACCUUCUGCAGAAUCAUGUCUUGCAAUGAGACCUAGCUAUGUCUGUCCUAAGGUGGCUGUAGUUAAUGUCAACAAUUCAGGCUCUGGUAUUUCCACGAGUUGCAAAUUUACUUGAAACACCUAAGGGGCUAAAGGCAAUGCAGGCAUUGUUGUCAGGAUCAAUGGUGGAUGAACAAUCUUUUCUGUAGGUAUACUGGAUUAGCUUCAGACACCUUCACAGUGUGAAAGAGAACUUCUAUUUUUUGCAGGUAAUAUCGGUGGUUAAAUAUUCUGGCCAUAUGCUCUGAGAAGCAAAAACAAAGCAAAACAACAAAAAAGCCAAGCCAAACCUAAAGCAAAAAAGCCCACUUUUUUUUUCUGUAAUCCAAUGGUAUAGUGUUGAUAUAGCCUGCUAGAGGAGUAGCUGAGUGUUUAGCAAAGUGUUUUUACCAAGUUGUUAUUCUGAAGGCUAAAAGCUGAAAUAGUCUUCUGUUUGGAAUGAUGAGAGCACUAGUGUGACUCCAUUUCACAUUUCCUUAGAGCAUUUAUUAAUGAAGAAAUUAUGUGAGGUUAACUUCACAGUGGCAUUUAGCAUAUUUGUACAAGAGUCCUGUGGAUAAAUCUGGCUCUACGUUGCUAGGAAUGCAUCCUUUUCUGAAAAGAGGUAAUUUAUGACUCCAUCUAUGAAACUGUAUUUGAAAAGAAAGAUCAAAUGCAGGCAGAAACAAAGCUUUCUUCUGAUCAGAUUCAGUAACUCCCUUCUCAUAUGGAAUUAUAAAGAUUUCCUGUUGUUCUAGGAUUCAAAACGCAGCUUUCAAAGAUGUUUAUUUAUUGCAAUUUAAACUGCAUUUUUUUUUCCAGAUGCCAAUACAGUGGGAAGUUUGGAAAUGCGAGAAAUAGUCUUGCUUACACCAUUUAAAACAUAUGCACUUUUGCAUUUAAAGGAAAUACAAUCUAUUAGGAAAAGUUCUUUUAAGGCACUGAAACAUUUCCCCAAGGUAAAUAUUUCAAUGCAUAAAAUAUGUUAAUCUAGCAAAAAGAAAAGAAAAAGGCACUUGAGACUUACUAAAAUAUUUCAUGUUUGCUUUAAACCAAUGAGUUAUACUUUUGGAAAAAAAAAAA